UUCGGAAAAGAGACGUGCACCAAGGUAACCCUCCAUAGGUGACAGGGCUUCUUCUUCUUGUUUAAACUCCCCCUCCGCCUCCCUCGUCUUUGUGAUCUCGCGACGACCAUGGCGACCUCUUCAACUACGCAUUCCAUCUACGGUGGAACUUCUAUCAAGACAUUUCCUCAGUCCAACAAGCCGAAGUUAUUGAGCAGCUACAGGUCUCAAUUAGCAAUAAGUCAGAGCUUGACAAAAUCAAAUCAUCGCAGGAAUGUAUCUGUCCGUGCUGAGUUUAGCGAUGGUUCUAGAGGUGGAGGUGGUGAUUUUGUUGCUGGUUUCCUUCUAGGAGGAGCUGUCUUUGGUACAUUGGCAUAUGUCUUUGCUCCACAGAUCAGGAAAUCGGUGCUGAAUGAGAAUGAAGAUGGAUUUAGGAAGGCCAAACGACCAUUAUAUUAUGACGAAGGUCUGGAGAAAACUCGUCAAACUCUUAAUGAUAAGAUAAAUCAGCUGAAUUCUGCAAUUGACAACGUUUCCUCGCGGUUGAGGCGUGCGAAGAAUGUGGAGACUGAACCUGCUGAAACCGAAUCAGAAGUAGAAUCAACUGCAUAGAUUUUGUGUUUCGGUUUGUUCUCUUUCAGUUCAAUGCCUUUCUAUGUUCUCUCUCGCUGCUGGUACUGAUGGUUCACAACGCUUGUUAUUUAUCCUCUUCCGAGACCUGCUUUGUAUGAUCAUAUUAUAAUUAUCUAUGUUCUUUGAACAAUAACCGGGCUCUUAACUGAAGCUGCAUAUGUAUCCGUGGAAUGGAUUGGACUCUUUUCUCUUUGUUGUCA